GCGCGAGUGGCGGCGGUGGUGGCACAUGUCGUUGGGAAAUGUGACAAUGCAGAUGCGUGGAUGAAACUAUUGAAGGAUGUGAAGAAGAAGUUGGGCGCAGUUGUCACUGCGAAAGCGCGGGCCAAACGCGGGUACAGGGCGAUCUGGGGUUACGGCACCAUCGACCAGAUGCAUAGCGAGGCAUGGUGGGGAGAGGCGCAUGACAACGCCGAAGGCCCAUGCAUGGAGGACAUGGGCGCCGACGAGCCCGAGUUCGUGCGGGGGUCCUCCAGCAAGAUCAGGAAGACUACCGCCGCUGAGCCCGUCGCGCCCCCCCACGCCAAGGCCGCGAUGCCAGAUGUGACGGUUGGUGGGCAGAUGCAGAUGUACCAGAACAUGGUCGGGGAGCAGUUGGCCGCGGCGCUCUUCGCCAAUGCGAAGCUUCCGCCUCGUGAGGAGCCAACGCUCGGCAAGUCGGCGACGGCCGAGCAAACAGUUGACGACGAAGAGCCCGAUGCCAACCUGAGCGACGACGAGGCCGCCCUGCGCAAGCUGCUCGCCACCAAG